AUGAGAAACAGAGGAAUACCUGUCAGCGGCCCUAUGCUACAGGAAAAGGCAAAUGGUUUUGCCGCGCGUUUUGGUAUUCUCGACUUCAAUUGUUCUGCAAGCUGGAUCAGUCGUUUUAAAGUUCGACAUAACAUUGUGGCGGGAAAAAUUGUCGGUGAAUCUUCGUCUGUUGAUCAAAAUUCAACAACAAACUGGUUGAUAACUGUGUGGCCGAAUUUACGAAGACAAUUUUCUGAUGAUGAGAUAUUUAAUGCUGAUGAAACUGGACUUUUUUAUAAAUUAAUGCCGGAUAAAACUUUAAAAUUUAAAGGUGAAAAUUGUAGUGGAGGUGAGUUGUCGAAAGAUAGAAUAACUGUCAUGGUAGCAGCUAAUAUGAGUGGCACAGAGAAAAAGAAAUUGCUCAUUAUUGGAAAGUCACAAAAACCAAGAUGUUUUACAAGUGUCAAAUCAUUACCUGUCGAUUAUGCUAACAAUUGUAAAGCUUGGAUGACGUCAGAACUUUUUGAAAAAUGGCUUCGUGAUUGGGAUCGUGAUUUGGUGAAGAAGAAGAAAAAGAUUCUAUUGCUGGUUGAUAAUUGCCCAGCGCAUCCAAAUGUUACUGAUUUAAAGUCUAUAACACUUGCUUUCCUUCCGCCGAAUACAACAUCAGUACUACAGCCAUUGGAUCAGGGAAUAAUACGAUCACUCAAAACGAAUUUUAGGAAGAACCUUGUGCUCAAAAUGAUUAACUGUCUUGAUGCUAAUGAAAACAACUCUUCUACAAAAAUAACGGUGCUAGAUGCAAUUCUGAUGGUUAAUGAUGCCUGGAAUAAAAUGUCACAAAGUACCAUUCGUAACUGUUUCAAACAUGCAGGAUUCAUUGAAAGCCACGACGGUUUACCUAUUCAAAUAUCAGAACAUGAAUUCGAUGAAGAAGAUGACAUUCCUUUAUCUUUGUGGUCACGAAACCUAAAUUCAGAUUCUUUAGCAGCACCGGAAAUGUGGGAAGAUUAUGUUGACGUCGAUAGCGCUCUCCUCACAUCCGAAGAACCCACCGAUGAAAAUAUCGUACAGAACAUUAAGAAACAACUCGAAAGUGAUGGGGAAGAAACAACUCGAAAGCAUUAA